CGACCUUCCUCUACAAUGAGUCACGUCGUCUCCUCCUCCUUGUUCCUGCGGGAUUGGACUCACCAACAGUGGCUCCGCCCCGACCAAAAAAAAGACCUGCGCCUCUGCAGACAAACUCACCUGCCAUCAGGACCGACCCGCGAGCUGGCAGCACGACGGAAGACCGACGGAAGAACUGAGAGUGAUUGGACAAACAUGGCCUCCGCCUUCUCCGUGCGCAGGUACGCGGUACGUCAGCCCUCCCUCUCCGCCAUGUCCGUCAGGGACGGCGCGCGCAGCAUCCGCUCCAAGACCCCCGUCUCCGCCGGCACGCUGCCCCUGUACCGCUCCGUCUCCAUGGGCAACGGUCUCAACGUGCUGCCCCCCGGCCUCGGUGGGGCAGCGAGCGAGAAGGAGACCAUGCAGGGCCUGAACGACCGGCUGGCCACCUACCUGGACAAGGUGCGCUCGCUGGAGAGGUCCAACGCCGACCUGGAGGCGAAGAUCAAGCAGCUCAUGCUCGAGAAGGCUCCGAAGGGGCACGACAUCGAGGGGAUGAUGGCCCAGGCGCACACCAUCGGGCAGGAGAUGAGGAAGAAGGCGAUGGAGAACGCCCGCAUCCUGCUGGAGAUCGACAACGCCAAGCUGGCGGCCGAGGACUUCAGGGUCAAAUGGGAGGCCGAGGCCACCAUGUGCCAGUCGGUGGAGAGGGACUGUCAGGCUCUGAGGAGAGCGAAGGCCGACCACGACCAACUCAUCGCCACCCUGCGAGGGGACCUGGACAGCCUGAAGGAGGAGCUCUACUUCCUGAAGAAGAACCACGACGAGGAGAUGACGCUGAUGAAGUCGCGCCUGGCCAAUGACCAGGUGAGCGUCGAGGUGGAUGCGGCUCGCGGCCCGGACCUGGGAGCCAUCAUGGCCGAGCUCAGGGUCCAGUACGAGGGCAUCGCUCGCAAGAACAAGGAGGAGGCCGAGACCUGGUACCUCAAGAAGUUGGAAACAGUGCAGUCGGAGGUCAGAGAAAACAACGAGGCGUUGCGCUGUUCCCAAAGCGAGCUCAGCGAGAGACGACGUUUCCUGCAGGCUCUGGAGGUCGAGCUCGACAGCCUCCGGAAGCAGGUGGGAGUGCUGGAGGGAAACCUGGGAGAAACGGGGCACAAGUACUCGGUGGAGAUGGACCGUCUUCAGGCCACGCUGUCCCACUUGGAGGACGAGCUGUCUCAGCUGCGCUUGGACAUGCAACGCAACAAGACCGAGUACGAACAGCUGCUGCGCGUCAAGCAGAACCUGGAGAUGGAGAUCGCCACCUACAGGAGGCUGCUGGAGGGAGAGGAAAUGUCAGUGAGGGUGAAAGAAACACCUCCACCUCCGAAAAAAGAACCAGAUGUCAGGACGAGGAAGAUAGUAAAAGUCGUCACCCAGACCAUGAUCAACGGCAAAGUGGUGGAUGAGUCCAGCGAGGUGGAGCAGAUCGAGGAGUGCAAAAAAUGAGCCAGUGCGUCUGCGAAGAGGACGAAGAAGAUGUCUCUUAAACCUGAAGCCUGCUGACUGAGGCUUGAGUUCAUGAAACGGUGGCGGAGGCCCCCGCCUGCUACUGUAGCUUCUUUCCAGAGCUUUCACCACAUGUGGUCUUCACCGGCAGUGAUCUGAUUUGCUCGGUUUUCAUCAGCGGCUCAAACUGCUACUUCAGGGCUAAGAAUCAACUUUCACUCUUCUUCGUCUUUUUGGAGAAAUAAACUAAUUUGCUUUUCUUGCAGGGGGUUAGGUGAGAAGAAUGACACCACUUGUUGUUGACACAACCAGCAGCUCUGAAAAGGCCACGAGUUUGUUUGUUCCAUUCAUAAAAAUGUUUAAAAGCUAACCGGCUGUAGCCUCAUAUUUUAUGCACAGGUAUUGGUCUUUCCCUCAAGCUUUUGUAAUGAAACGGGAACAUUGUGUUGUGCUGCAGUCUUAUUGUAGAAAUCAACCAUAGCAGCUGUACAGCGUCAAUAAAACAGUGUUUCAAAAUAA